AUGUUCAGGAUGGCUUUGCUCCUGCUGCCACUGUGGCUUCUGCCUCUCACUGGGGGAUCCCAGAGGGCUGAGCCCAUGUUCACUGCAGUCACCAACUCAGUUCUGCCCCCCGACUAUGACAGCAACCCCACCCAGCUCAACUAUGGAGUGGCAGUGACGGAUGUGGACCAUGAUGGGGACUUCGAGAUCGUUGUGGCAGGGUACAAUGGUCCCAACCUGGUUUUGAAGUACAAUCGAGCCCAGAAGCGACUAGUGAACAUUGCCGUGGAUGAGCGCAGCUCACCCUACUACGCACUGAGGGACCGGCAGGGGAACGCCAUUGGGGUCACAGCCUGUGACAUCGAUGGGGACGGCCGUGAAGAGAUCUACUUUCUCAACACCAAUAACGCCUUCUCAGGUGUGGCCACGUACACAGACAAGUUGUUCAAGUUCCGUAAUAACCGGUGGGAAGAUGUUCUAAGUGAUGACGUCAAUGUGGCCCGUGGAGUGGCCAGCCUCUUUGCUGGACGCUCGGUGGCCUGUGUGGACAGGACGGGCUCCGGACGGUACUCUAUCUACAUUGCCAACUAUGCCCAUGGUGACGUGGGGCCCGACGCCCUUAUCGAAAUGGACCCUGAGGCCAGUGACCUGUCCCGGGGGAUCCUGGCACUCAGGGAUGUGGCUGCUGAGGCAGGGGUCAGCAAGUACACAGCGGGCCGGGGUAUCAGCGUGGGCCCCAUUCUCAGCAACAGUGCUUCAGACAUCUUCUGUGACAACGAGAAUGGACCCAACUUCCUCUUCCACAACCAAGGCAAUGGCACUUUUGUGGAUGCUGCAGCUAGUGCUGGUGUAGAUGACCCUCACCAGCACGGGCGAGGUGUGGCCCUGGCAGACUUCAACCGUGACGGCAAAGUGGACAUAGUCUACGGCAACUGGAAUGGCCCACACCGCCUCUACCUGCAGAUGAGUGCGCACGGGAAGGUCCGAUUUAGGGACAUUGCCUCACCCAAGUUCUCUAUGCCCUCCCCCGUCCGGACUGUCAUUGUUGCGGACUUCGACAACGACCAGGAACUGGAAGUCUUCUUCAACAACAUCGCCUACCGCAGCUCUGCAGCCAAUCGUCUCUUCCGUGUUAUCCGCAGGGAGCAUGGGGACCCUCUCAUCGAGGAACUCAAUCCUGGUGAUGCCCUGGAGCCUGAGGGCCGGGGUACAGGGGGUGUGGUGACCGACUUCGAUGGAGAUGGGAUGCUGGACCUCAUCUUGUCACACGGAGAGUCCAUGGCUCAGCCCCUGUCUGUCUUCCGGGGAAAUCAGGGCUUCAGCAACAACUGGUUGCGUGUGGUGCCUCGCACCCGGUUUGGGGCCUUCGCCAGGGGUGCCAAAGUGAUACUCUACACCAAGAAGAGUGGGGCGCACCUGCGGAUCAUUGAUGGGGGCUCUGGCUACCUGUGUGAGAUGGAGCCUGUGGCACAUUUUGGCCUGGGAAAGGAUGAAGCCAGUAGCGUGGAGGUGACAUGGCCAGAUGGCAAGAUGGUGAGCCGCAGUGUGGCCCGCGAGGAGAUGAACUCAGUGUUGGAGAUCCUCUACCCCCGGGAUGAGAACAAACUGCAGGACACAGCCCCACUAGAGUGCGGACAAGGAUUCUCCCAGCAGGACAAUGGCCAUUGCAUGGACACCAACGAAUGCAUCCAGUUCCCAUUCGUAUGUCCUCGAGACAAGCCUGUGUGUGUCAACACUUAUGGAAGCUACAGAUGCCGGACCAAUAAGAGAUGCAGUCGGGGUUAUGAGCCCAAUGAGGAUGGCACAGCCUGUGUGGGGACUCUCGGCCAGUCACCGGGCCCCCGCCCCACCCCCGCCAGCGCUGCUGCUGCCGCUGCCGCUGCCACUGCUGCUGCCGCUACUGGAACUGCCGCUGCUGCACCGGUCCUCGUAGAUGGCGAUCUCGAUCUGGGAUGA